AUGAAGGCCCAGUGUAGCAUCUGUUCUGAACUUUUUGUCAUCGACCAGUCAGUGGCCAUAGCAGCUGUCCCCUGUGGGCACACUUUCCACAGAGGAUGUCUAUCCACCUGGCUGCAGAAAUCCAACACCUGCCCCAGUUGUCGCAGUAGAGUUGAUCCCAAGCGUGUUAUAAAUCGUCUCUAUUUUGAUUUGGAUGAUGACAGCGGAAAUGAUGAAACUGAGGAAUGGAAGUUGAAGACGAAGGUGAAAAGCCUAAAGGCAAAGCUAAAGACGGUGAAAAAGGAGAGAGAUGAAGCUAAGAACACGGUGAUGGACCUCGAAUCCGAGAAGAAAAAUGUCGAGUCAGAAUUAAGAAAGUUCAAAGGAGAAAACAUGUCCAAAGAUCAGGAGAUAGAAUACCUAAUGGAAGAUAUAGAAAAGGUUGAAAAAAAGAAGGAAGAACUGAAAAGGAAAAUUCUGGAAGUAGUCCAAAUGGACAAUGAAGAGAAUGAAUAG